AUGAUUUGUGUCCAAAAACUUAAUUUACUUCGUAGUUUAGCUAGAAAUAAAAGUGCAUCCCCUAAAAUGAAGAUAGACAAGAUGGCGCCAGUCAUACUGAGCUCUGAGGAAUUUGCUUCAGUCAAAGCUGCAGAAUUCUUAGGCAAAGGACAAGUUAUCGCAGUGCCAACUGACACAAUAUAUGGAUUGGCAUGUAGUGCCAACUGUCCGGAAGCUAUAAAAAAGUUGUAUGCAAUCAAAGGCAGAGAUUCUGCCAAGCCUGUGGCUAUUUGUGUGACAUAUGUGAAUGAUGUAAGAAAAUGGGGUGAAGCUGAUCACUUACCUGAUGAGCUACUACACAGCUUGCUCCCAGGACCAGUAACAGUGGUUUUAGAAAAGACAAAAUAUCUUGACAAUCCAUUUUUGAACCCUACUACAACUAAAAUUGGUAUUAGAAUUCCAAAUCACAAUUUCAUGAACAGAGUUACAAAGAGUUUUGAUAAGCCUGUUGCCUUGACGAGUGCAAACUUCAGUAAUGAGCAGUCUACUUUGUCUAUUAGAGAAUUUGAGCACCUAUUUGGUCAUUUGGGAGCUGUUUUUGAUGGAGGUGUGUUAAGUCAAGGACUGGAACAGAAUAGAACUGGAUCUACUGUAAUAGACUUGUCCCAAACUGGUGUCUAUAAUGUGAUUAGAAGGGGUAUUUCUUAUGACCGAGUAGUCAAGAUUGUAGAAAGUUUUGGUCUAAAAUGUAUGUCAUAAGCUAUUUAUGGAUCCUGUGAUAAUGUAAUUGUUGGAAUAAAUGUUUUUUUUUCCAUA